AUGCCCAGGUCGGCCCACGGAGCCCCAUGCCAGUCGGCCCACGGGACCCCAUGCCCAGUCGGCCCACGAGCCCCUGGCCAGUCGCCCACGGGCCCCAAUGCCCAGGUCGGCCCGGGGCCCCAUGCCCAGUCGGCCCUCGGGAGCCCCAUGCCCAGUCGGCCCCACGGGAGCCCCAAUGCCCAGUCGGCCCCCGGGAGCCCCAUCCAGUCCCCACGGAAAACCCAUGCCCAAAUCGCCCACAGAGCCCCAAUGCCCAGUCGCCCACGGAGCCCCAUGCCAGUCCGGCCCACGGAGCCCCAUGCCCAGUUCGCCCACGGUAGUCCCAUCCCAGUCGGCCCACGGGAGCCCCAUGCCCAGUCGGCCCACGGGAGCCCCAUGCCCAGUCGGCCCACGGGAGCCCCAUGCCCAGUCGGCCCAAGGCCCCUGGGCACGUCACGCCCGAAUCGGCGCCGCGAUGACGGCCGGGCUCGGGAUUGCACAGCAGGGCACGACCAACUCGAGGGAAAUGGCACAGCCGGCCUUUCGCCGCCGCCUCCGCCGCGAAAAGCUGGUCCUGGCCGCUCGGGGGGCCGCCUCUCCCCGGCGGCCAAGGCGGCCAAGCACGAGGCCAGCGCCGCCUCGGGUCGGCAGGGACGCCCGAGGAAACCUCAGUCUCCUCGGUAA